GUGGAGCGCGGGAUCAUGGCAUCGUAUAGAAGCUACGGCGAUACGGGAGCAUAUCGGAGUAGAGCUAGCGUCGGCAUAGGUAGCACAUUUGGUAGGAAUACUUCCAGCGGAAGUAACCUGCCAAGCUGUAGAAGCAGCUAUUCCGGAGUCGGAUCGAGUUCCGCUCGAGCUGCUGCCAAGGAACGGGUACUUGCUAGUUUUGGUGGUGCUUUUCUCAAAAAGGAUAAGCUCGAGGAGAAACCUACUUUUAAAUAUUCAUGUACCAAAGAUACCGAUAAAGGUCGAUUAUAUUCCGGAAGACCGGCUCCCGAGGACGCGAGGGCGAAGAGCCCGCUAUCUGGCAGCAAGUCGUCUCUCUACGAAAAAUACUCCUUCUCAGCUGGCAAAACAUCGGAGAGGCCGUCUUCCGUGUUGGACAGAUAUAACCGGCCGGCUUCGCGGGAGAAGAGCAGAGAGCCCGAAGGAAUAUCGCGCUACGGAUCCAGCACAUAUCCCGGAUCGAAUUUCGGUCGAAGUUAUGGCAACGACGGUAGAAUUGAGAAGAAGGACCAUCCACCGCCGGUCUCCUACAGAGGAUUACGUCCCAAUUCCGGGAGAGCAUCGCGUGAGCCCAGCCCGGAAGCGGCCGGUGCCGGGAAAACGAAUUCCUUCAGGGUCUAUUCGAGAGCACCGUCUUACGGCCGUUCAGCCGCUUCGCCCAGCACGUCCGAAUCGAGCUCGGCCACAAUCUCGACGAGAUUUGGCUCGACAGCUGGUUCGCGGUUUCUCCCAUCGCGAAGCGGUAACGAGCGAACGCCUGCCGUAAGCUACUCUGGAGCGGACAGAUAUCGAGGCUCGAGCGGUAAGUCGACUAAUCCGAAAGACGAGGAGGAAUCCAGGCAGCUCGCUACCAAGUCUGACGAGGACGGUAACUACGAGUCGCCGAAGAAAUUGAGCAGAAUAGAGGGCGACAAAAGUGACAAUCGACUCGCCGACGAUGAUUUCGUGACGCUGACGAUCGUGACUCGCGGCACUUCGCCGACACCUCCGGCUUCCUCGUCUUACGUGAGGAACAGGCGGGCGGAAAUCGGUAUCGUUCAUCAAAAGGAAGUGACUCGACUACGAGAACCGCCGGAUACCCUAAACAAAGAGACACAGUGCGAUCGAGGCGAAGAGACGUCGAGGUUUUCGAGAUUCAGCAGCAGCAACAGAGUAUCUGGCGCGCCUUCCUGGUCGACGUACCUCGACAAGUACUCGUCGUCGGGUGCGACACCGGCUGGAGGUUCGUCUGUGUAUUCGUCCAGAGGGUUCGGUAACACGAGCUCGUCCAGACUCAACAGUUUCACGUAUAGGACGAACGAAGCCACGCGGCACGAGUUCGCUGCCAAGGAAUCGUCGACCUCUAGUCAGGAAACUCAUAGUUCCGGUAACAGAAGCCAGACCGAGAAAGUUCUCAGCGGGAUGAAUUGCGCGCGGCCCGGUAACGAGAACUCAUCAGCGUCCAAUGAAGACGCGAGGCCAUCGUGUGGUCAAGACGCACGCGGUGCGAAUAAAGAAGCGAGCAAAGACAAAGUACGGAGUAGCGAGCAGUGCUGUUACAACGCACGCAAGACCGAAAUCAACCGGAGUCCCGGUAAUUCCAGAACUUCCAGCCAGGAUCGCGCGUUUCAGCGCAAAGAGGAUUCGACGAGGCAAGAUUGCCGGGAGAGCCACGGCUGCUACGAGGAUCGAAACAAGGACAGGCAGAGUCCUGUGUCGAGAUGCGACGAGUGUACCAACCAGAGAAGACCGUCCAUUCCGCGACUGGGGCGUAGUUCGCCCAAGAGUGAAAUGAAAGUCCUCAAAUGUUCCUCGAAGUCCGACACAGCAUCGCCGAAGCCCGAAAUAUACGAGAGGAGGGGAUCCACGCCGAAAUCCGACGUCAGUUCCUCCUCCAGGACCGAGGAAUCACCUCGAAUUGUGGAAGGAUUCUGUCAGGACCAAAAUGAAGAAGUCGUCUCUCGGAAGCAUGACGCUUCGCAAAGAAAAGAUUCCGCGUCGAGCGGCACGUCGCAUAGUCGUUCUUCGGCGUCGACACCGCAGUCACGGAGCGCAUCGACGAAGAACACAUCGCGUCAAAUGACGCGUACCGGCUCGUCAGACGGAUCAUCCUCUGCGAACAUGCCAAUUGGCAAAUCGAAAUCGUUGCCAGCCAGUUCGGUGGCGAGUCAAAGUGUAAAAAUAAAGGCGACGACGCCGCCAUCGUCCUCCGGCAAGUCAACAGGCAGCGCGAGUUCCUCGCCGUCAGUGAAUCUACGGCAAGGCGGUUCGCCGGACGCUCGCGGCAAACCACCUGUGCCGAAGAAUGAUACUACGACCGCCGCCACGCCGAAGUGCAUCGUGGCAGCGAAGUACGUGAACAAGGACUUCCGCAAGUCGACCUUGAACAUGGAGAACGGCGACCCGUCGCGCUCCAAGUACGCGAGAAGGAAGAAGAGCCAGAGAAUCAACUCCGCGGACUCGCAGGACUCCGAGGCGACAUCGGAACACGUUCCCCGGAUCGGCUCUUCGGUCUCCUCGACCUCGAUCGAGCCUGGUCGAUCGAGAUUGAGAACUCCGUCGGCAGGAUCGAAGCCCGGGAUGGCGGGAAGGUGUAGUAACUCGAACGGUCCGAUGAGAUGGGAGGAAUCGAGAAGUGGGUCAAAGUCACCUUGCGGAACGACGAAGAGGCCGUCUGGGACGUCGAGUUCCAGCAGCAGCAGUCGGUCGACCUCCGCGAAUUCCUCCAGUAGCGAGGACAACGACGAACGCGUGGACAGGCCGGGUUCGAGGCGGAGAAGACGAGCGUCGGAGGAGUCGCCCAUGCGCGAGACCAGAGGUAAGAUCAGCGCGGGUUCGUCGAGGACGAGCGUGUUAGCGUCCUCGGCCGACGAGAUAUCCGUGAUGUCGGAGAAACCACCCAGACCACCUUCGAGUCCGAGAUCGAAGAGCGAUCGUUCCGUGAAGACAGAAGAGGCCAAGUCUUUUCUGAUGAGGGCACUGGCGCCGGUGACGAAUUUUUUCAAGAGCAAAAGUCAAGACUCCGGUGAUACGAGCAAGUCGGGCGGGUGGGUCGACUCCAACGACGAGAACUACGAAGUCAGUAACAAGUCGGGACAACCACUGUCAUCAUCGAGAUCGAUCGGUCACAGUCUGUCGAAAGCCCCUAGUUUCACCAACUCCGAGAAGAGCGACGGGACGAGAGGAAACGCGAGAAUUCAACGUCAGUCUUCCGGAGAGAGACCCUGGUGGCUGGACUCUAAUUCCGAUAACGUGCCUUCGGGAGUUGAAAGGGCUAGUCCAUGGAACGAUGACGUUAGUCAGGAUACGACGAUCAGUACAGUCUUGCCGGACGAUGGGAAAUACAAGUUUAAAGUCUGGCGACAAGAGUCAGAAGAGCGCGGCUGGUGGUUGGACGAGGUCCCGUCGGAGGAAACGAAAAAAUCGCCCUCGUCGGCAUCUUCCCUUUCGAGACGAGGCUCCACUCGCGGCAGUUUCCGAUCUGCCGAUCGGCGAAAUCGAAUCCGACAUCAGCAGUCCGGCGAACGAGCGUGGUGGAUGAGCGACGACCCCGAGAACGUCCCGGAGGGCGUCGAGGUCAUCCCCGUGGCGUCUCCCGACAGCCAAAGCGCCGACAAGCCUGAUGGCUCUGUCGAUAACGAGACCCUUUACUCCGCGAAGCCGCUUAACAAAAUCCGCCACAUCGAAUCCGGUGAGAAGGCAUGGUGGAUGGACAGUUGCUCGAAUGUUCCUGACGGGGUCGUCAGGAUCCCCAUGGAAACUUCCAACAGCACUUCCGACUCCUCCGAAUCGUACGAAAAGAUCGAUAUCGGCGUUAACCUUGAACCUCAGGCGUGUGUCAAGAGGAGCCUCUCCAGAUUCCCUAUCGAGUUUCCGCCUCCACCGCCCGAGGAGCCGUUGGGAGAUCGCGCGAGUCCAGAAGGGGUCGAGAAUCCACCAGACCCGCCGGACAAUUACGGCGGACGGGACUCGCCUUACGACAAUGUGCAACCGACACCACGAAGAUUGUCACCAAGGAAACGACCCUCCACGUUGCCGUUGUUCAUCAGCCAGCACACUAACAUCGAUGAUGUGCUCGGCGAUACAGCCAUCCCGUGCCACAGCCCUGUUCUCUCCCGCGUUCGUAAACAGGAACGCGUCGAAGAGGAUUCUCCCGAAGACAGCUCGGAGUGCGAAGAAAUAGAGGCGACCCAGGUGAUCAUUCACGAUAGUACGCCGAAAACACCGAUGAUUCAACGAAGGAACCGGGAUAAGGAAAGGAUUCAACCCGACGGCUACAUACCGCCGAGUUUUCUAGAUUUCGACUCUUAAAUCAAUUCUGAAAGCCGAGAAUAUCUCGAGGGAUUGUGCGGUGCGGGAGAACGACCCGCCGAGAAGGAAACAAAUGGAACGGCUGAGAUGGUAAUUGUGCGGUGAAAAAAUAAUCAGCCAGCGCGAUACGAAAGAUGAAACCAUAAACGCGACUGUGUGUGUGUACGUAUAUCGCUGACUGCGUACUACAACGAGUCCCCAUAGGGAUCACGAAUGGCACAAAGGGGAAUACCGAGUCUAUAGAAACGUGAUGGGAGGUUCAUUGUGCGGGAGGGUGCUAACGCUGCCGUGCAACUCUAUAGCAGCUCGUGAAAAUAUAAGUGACUUUUGCACAACGCUCGAGAGCUGGUCGAUGAAUUAUUUACGAAUACUUCUGUAUCGUAUGUAUCGUAUGAUACGGUUCUCAUUAAUAUAUGCGACCUACUUAUAGCACUGAUUCACACACACGCGAAAGCUAGAAUCGAUCGAAGUGUUUAUAUGCAGUUCUGAUAAAAUGCAAAACAUUUUUAAUCAAUCAUAAACGAAUCAAUGGCCUUUUUUCUUGGC